CCCACACCACGGCGGAGCGGACCAGGCACAGGCUUCCGACCACAGCCACCUUACUGUGAGACUUUCUUCAGCGAAUUCACUUGCAUUUCAGGUUAGGAACAUGGCGGACCACGGGCGCCACCUCCGCCCGCCGCUUUCACUACCGCUGCUGGUGCUGGCGGUCGCCGCAGCCUCUGCAGCGCCGCAGCUGCUGCCUCUGGACGAUGACCCCGACAUCGACGUCCGCCGGUCCUACCUGCCCCCGCAGGGCUACCUGCCGCCGCAGGCGGAGGAGCCGCAGGCGUCUUCCCAGGCAGACGUGGCGCUGGCGGCGGCGGCGGCGCCGGACGGCUCUCUGCUGCUGCCCCCGCGGGCGGCGGACGACGAGACCGCCGAGCAGUGCAGUCACUCCUUCCACUCCUUCCUCUGCGGCCGUCCCGGCCGGCGUCGCAGGCCGGGGGCGGCACCGGCGCCUGCUCCACCUCCAGCUCCAGCGGCGACGUUCCAGCUGCCGUCUCGCUUGCUGCCCGAACCCUUACCGAGAACGCUGCCGCCUACGUCGACGUCGCCUCCCCUUCCGCCGAACCCCCAGUUCCAGGCGACUUUCCUGCAGCCGUCUAGACUCAGGCCACCGUCUGAAAAUGCGUUACCAUCCCAGCAUCUGAACUGCACAUCUCACGCUACACUGGAAGUCCGACCGCGACUUACGUCCCCACCUGCAGUAAUCAAAGACAGUAAACCAGCUCCGUCAGUAGUAUCGUUCCGCCAACUGUAUACUCCUCAGAAAUUUUCCCUUCCAAAUGAUAUCAAGAAAGAAACUAGCGACCACAACUGUACUUCAGAGACGACUCUUAAAGUAGCUUCUCCAUCGGCUUUAUCGUCGUCACUCAGCCGAGUGCCACCACCUUCUCCAGAGAGAACCUCUUACCCUUCUUUCGAGGAGCGAAGACCUGCACCUGCCAUUCACGACCCUACCAACUGCUCCUCGCACACCACAACGAGUUCAACAACCACCACUCCUUCGCCCAGUAGCGUCUUCGCCGAACCGUCACCACAGCCAUCGGCGACCUUCGAGUCUGCCAGACUUGCCAUACUGCCCAACCAUCCACCCGGCUGCACCUGCGGCGCCGACCACAGCGCCAGCUCCAGCGUCGAUGCGACCUUCGUCAGCCCAGAGAAAGUCGCAGCGCCCCAGCGGUUUCACAUCACAGGGAAGCCUUCUGCUGCUACAACCACUACCACUACUACUACUACUACGACUACUACCACUACGCAGAGGCCGACGACCCCGCGUCCCUCUCCACGGGCACUGGAGCCACUGGCUGCAGCCCCAGAACCUGCAGUGGUCGCGCCACCCAAGUCGUCCUCCUGGUCAGAGGCGGACAGCUGCAGCCACGCCUUCCACAGCUUCCUCUGCAAGAAGCCCCAGGCGGCGUCGAGUAGGAGGAAGGUGUUGCCCGCCCAGCCCAUAGAGGGGGACAGCUCCUUCAUAAGUGCCGCCAGUCUGCCGGCGCCACGGAAAGCAACACCGCCGCCAUUAGUGACCACACAAGGGGAACCCAAGCGUCAGCCCCAGAGAUCUACCGCUACGACGACGACUUCCACUACGAUCAGGGCGUCAACCACAACAGCCCCUCCGUCGAGGAAGCCGCUCACAACGCAGCCACCAGCUACGACCCCAAAACCUACAACAGUGGUGAGUGGUCCUGUGAUCGAGCCUCAGGCAGCACAGGAUGCCCCUGCAGUGGCAGUACCACGGCCGAUUGACGACGCUGGCCACCACCAUCACCACCAUGAGGGCAGGGAUCUCUGCAGCGACCCCUUCCACAGCUUCCUGUGCCAGAAGGUUGACACCAGCAAACGACGGAAGGUCUAUGGUCGGCUUCCGCAACCGCCGCUCCUUCCAGCCGGAUCGUCGCCAGACAGAGCGCGGGUGGAUGGACUUUCAUUCGUGGGAGACAGUACAUUCGUCAAGGCUACUGCCAUCCCACCUCCAGGAAACUUCGUCUCCUCCAGCAGUCUUUCUACUCCGGCAGCUAGACAGUCUUUCACAUCGAGUGUCUCACCACUCACAACUUCUCCUCCUCAACAACGAAGGAAACCUACACCCUCUAUACAGAAUAAAUACUCACAAUUUCCUCAGCAUCAAACAGCUUCUCAAAGACUUCCAACGACAACUGAAAGUGAUACGGUACAAACGACAAGCCCCACUCCUCCUUGCCACAGCCAGGGAAGAGCCAUACCUCGACCGACUAUCGCUACAUUGCCCAUCAUAUCGCCACAGUUCCCUAGAUACCGUUCGGAACAAGCAGCAUCUAAUCUAUUGACGACCGUGAGUGAUCCAGGUCCACAGAAUGUGCUCCACAAAGAGCCACGACCAUAUAUAGUGGAGGAUUCAAGUCCCAGAUCUAACGUAGCAUACUCAACAAGAACAGUGCCGCCUUCAAAACCUGCAGUGCCACCUGAUUUUUUCAACAGAUUACCGACACCUCAGAUCAGGCCAACAACGACGGCAGUUUCUGGUUCUAGACCUCAAGAGAGACCCAGCCCGGCUGCAUCCAACUCACAGCCAGUCACAUCAUGUGUGAAGUUGGGUGGGAAAUGCCUAGAAACUGCGGCAACGAAACCGCAGCCAUUUGCAUUCGCUCCAUUGGCUAACACUCCAGCUCAGGCGGAGCGCGUUCCCACUUUUCGCCCGCCUUCAUCGACCUUAAGAUCCACUACAGCCCCUGGUGACAAUGACGUCCAGCCGGCCGCAGCCCAGAACGACGACGCCCGCGUGCUCCCAGAUAACACCGAAGAGCACGGGCACGACCACCACGAUCACCACCAUCACCACCAUAGUGGUAACAUCUGUGAUGAUCCAUUCCACAGCUUCCUCUGUGAGCCGACUAAGCCAAGGCGGCGUUUCGACGGGCGACCACAGACCUCUGGAACUCCGAGAAGGAUUCCAGGUAUAGCAGGAGGGUCACCACGCUCGGGAAGCUCGCCGCUGGAAGGAGCUGGGUCGUUCCUCAGCUCUGCCACCCUGGCGCUUCCCUCUUCAGAUGCUUCCAGAUCUGUGAAAGCAGGCAGUGAAGGUCGAUACUCGCAGGAGAAGCCACGCACAUUUGAUGAAGCACUUCCAGCAGCAGCUCAACAGCAAGAUGUGGUCGGUUACUUGUAUCCCAAACCUGCCGCCCCUCUCCAAUACCCUGGGGAUUCACUUCGCAAUAGUUUAUCUUUACAACAGAGAAACAUAUUCCCAACAGCUCAAUAUUUCCAAGAAGAAAGAGCCAACGACAUCCGUUCGAUUGCAAAAUCUCGUCAGUCUGUUGGUGCAGGUAUAAAGAGGGACACGCUGAGUGCAGCAAGUGAUUCUAGUACUGAUGAUGUCACCGGCGAUCGCCAAAGCUCUGAAACGCCGUUGGUACACUCCUCAAGUAGCGACAGCCAACCCUCGAGAUGGUCAUGGGCGCAGACGGUGGCCUAACAAACAAUCGUUGGACAUGCGAGUGAAAUACGUAUAUAGUUCCUCGUAGCUUCUUGGAUAUUAUUCUCAAGAAUAUCUGGUGAUGUAAGCUAUGUGACCUAGGCAAAAAAUGUGACAGCGUAACCAGCUAAGAGUACAGCUACUCAAUGCUGAUUUCGUAUUACAGGUGACUUUCACGCGUCCAAUUCAUCUACACUAUUAUCUCAGUGCCCAACACUUUGUUCAAUAUGAGCGCCAUGUCACACAAAAUGAAGAACAUAAAAUUACAAUGGAAAGUAUCUGUUUUCUUUAUGUUCUGCGACAGUUUUUUUUCCUCUCAUACAGAUUUUCAGGUUCCAUUGCAGUGUCGAAACUGAAAGUCGAAACCAGAUUCAAGUAAAGUGUAAAAGGCCCAGUAAAGGAAUCUGCAUUAUAAAACUGAGAUUAAUAUCACUUUCAGAGUGACAACCCGUAUUUAUAAACCACAAUGUGAAGCCACGAUGACUGAAGCUUAAGCUUUACCGUACUAGCGCACGAUUCAUUCAGCAUAGGAAAAAAGUGACAUCUUUAAAACAUAAGUGAGCCACCUCCAUGUCAAAUGUACAUUAAUUUAUAAGAUUUCUGUCCGCAGCAUAUUUUUCACUUUUUACUAAUUGUAGCUGUAUGGAGAGCGUUUAACUAUAUCAUACAGAUUGCUUUCAGUUAGAUCAGGAGCAAAAAGAUUCAUUUGUAAGGAUCCUCCACCAUCUACGACGAGAACUCUAGCUAAUUCCUGUAGCUCUAAUGUUUACUGAAAAUGUGACGAAUGACAUUUUAAAUUUAAUUAUGUAUUUAGUAUUUAGGAGUUUUCUUGCUGAAGUAUUCCCAAUAGUGUAUUUGUAGUUAUGGAAUUUUGGAAUUUGGUAAUGGAUGUCUGGACCAUGUUCUACAAAGGACGGAUGAUAAAAUCAACUAAAAUAAGUGUUCAUUAUAGUUGCGAACAGAACAGGCUAUUGAAAUACAAUUUUUUGUGAAUGGGGAGAAACACUACUGGAAGGGAUUGGAUGUUAAUCGAAUUCUUCAUGCUUUUUUUUUCUAAAUGAACAUUCCCUUACUUGUCUAAUGCUCUGAAUAGUUUCAGUACAGUUUCAGUAGUUGUGUUUGACAGAGAUUACACUUUAAUAUCUUCCUUUAUCUGUACUCAUAAGACUUUAUUGUAGUUACCAUGUAUAUACAAAUGAAAUGUAAAUAUUGUAACAAUAACUGCAUCAUGUCAGUACAUUAUUCACUAUAAUUAUGUACAUUAUGAAGGCAUGUUAACU